AUGCUGCGCCAGGAUUAUGACCCAAGCGAGGAUCUCUCAGGAAAGCCCGAACGCCUCAACUUUGCAGAGCUUUCCCGUGCUGAGAGAUUACACAAGGCGCUUUGGAAUCAUGUCCACCCACUCUAUCAAUCACUUUCAGGGCGGGACCGGGAUCGCGAGGAGCAAUUGGCGGAGAUGGCCAAGACACGUCCGGAGGUGAACUUUUUCCUAAAGUUGGAGAAACGUCUAUACCCCUGGAUCCAACACGGUCGCCAGUCUUCAUUUUCACUACACAGGACAUUCAAGGGCAAGGGAUUAGUCUUUUGUGCAGGCAAUGGGCAGUUCGAAUUUGUUGUCACGGCUAUUCAGGCGGUCAGGAACCGACUCAAGUCAGCGUUGCCUAUUCAGGUGUUCCACAUGGGCGAAGACGAUCUCUCCAAGGAGCGUCAGACGUAUUUGAGAGAAAUGGCAGCAGGGAUUGAGAUUGUGGAUGUGACCCAGAUAUUGAACGACGAGUACAUGCGUCUGAAUGGUUGGGCGAUCAAGCCCUUUGCGAUGCUUGCGUCCAGUUUUGAAGAAGUCAUGUUUGUCGAUGCAGAUGCUUAUUUCUUGCAGGACCCGGCAGUUUUGUUCGAAGAUCCAGGAUAUCUGGCGACUGGAGCAUUGUUCUUUUACGACAGAACGCUCUUCCCGGAUUGGACUGUUGGAUCAGACUGGAUCAGAUCGAUGCUGCCUAUCAUGUCGACCUUCCCUGAAAAGUCGCGCAUGUUCAACCUUCUUUCCGCGCACGAGCAAGAGUCCGGAGUCGUGCUGAUUAACAAAAGGACCCGGUUCCCAGGCAUGCUUGCCACCUGCAAGAUGAACGGCAAAUGGGAGCGUGACCUGUACAGCUAUGAGAUUUUCCAUGGCGACAAGGAGACGUUUUGGGUUGGGUUUGAGAUGGUCCAGGAGCCCUACGCGUUCAUGCGCAACUAUGGCGGUGCCAUUGGAGAACUUCAUCCCAAUAACAAUCAGUCCGUCUGUGGAGCACAGCUGCAUGAGGAUCAUCAGGGUAGACCGCUGUGGUGGAAUGGUGGACUGUAUCGAAACAAGAACGCGGGGGUUACGCGAAAUCUUGAUUUUGGAUACUGGAUGUCUGGCGGUGGACACCAGCAGCAUCGUGAACGGUAUACGCAUGACAAGGCGAGGAUGAUUGAAGUCUUGAUAGACUUGGGGUUGAGCUCGAGUGAUGACCUGAUAAUGGAACCGAGAGAUGCGGCGUGGGACUUUGAGGAGAGUUGUCUGGCUGGGGCUGCAGUACACACUCUGACGCAGCGGGAGAAGGAUUUAGCUAAUGGAUACAUUGCCAUUGAUAAGAUUGCGAGGGAGGAUGGGCGUAAGAUGGAUGCAGGCGAGAACCCGGAUCCAAAGAAGCAUAACUGGGACACUGCGGCCUCAUGA